AUGGAUACCUGGACUGCUGAAGAAAACGCUGUUGAAGUUUCCGCCGCCCCAGAGCAGGCACCAGAGGAAGCUCCAAAGCAGAAAUCAAUCAAUGCCAGCGAACUGAGCAUUCCCCAACUUCAGCAGCUUGGAAAGCGAGUUCAUGCCGAGUCUCAACAACUCAACGCCGCUGUCGGCUCCCUCAAAUCCGCAGGCACAAACUACGUUGGUUCCAAAAUGGCCGUCAGCGACUGGAAAGCGGCGAAAGAAAGGAACGACCUUGACAUUUUCGUCCCCUACACGAAUCUGCUCUUUGUUCGAGGAAAGAUUGAUGUUGAAGCUCCUAUGCUUGUCGAGCUCGGAGCUGGAGUUCUCAUGGAGAAAAAUGAUGAACAGACAAUCGAGUUCUUCGAAAAACGACUUCAAAUGGUCUCUGGCUCACUGAACAAAGUCGGCAACCAGCUUCAGCAAAAGCAGUUCGCGAAAAUGGCGAUCGGCAAAGAAAUCGAGCAGAAGAUGAAAAACAUGCAGCUUUACAACAAAAUCUACGAGUAA